AUGGGUGCCCCUUCAGAUCUUCAGAUCGCACAGCCGCUCACUCUCAAAUGCGGCCUCACACUGCCCAACAGGCUCGUCAAGGCCGCCAUGGCCGAGCAGCUUGCUGGUAGUGGCCAGCUCCCCGAUGAGCGCCUCCGCGCAAUCUACAAGCAUUGGGCCCAAGGUGGCUGGGGCAUGAUCAUUACCGGUCACAUCCACGUCGACGAUGCCUACCUAGGCGCCCCCAACGACUCCGCCCUCCCCCCUUCCCUACCUCCCUCCUCACUCACACCACCCUAUUCCGCCCUCGCCCGCGCCAGCCAAGGCCUCGACCAACCCGACUCAACCACCACCACGCGACGCACCCCAACCAUCGUCCAACUUAACCACCCCGGCCGCCAAUCCCCCCGCGGAGCCGGCACCCGCUCCUUCUUCUCCCCGGCCAUCGCCCCCUCCGCGGUCCCUCUCUCUCUCGGCCCCGGUUUCAUGCCCACCCUCGCCCGGUACCUCGCCUUCGGCAGCCCCCGCGCCAUGACCGUCACCGAGAUCGAGACAGUCAUCAGCCAGUUCGCCCGCGCUGCGCGCAUGUGUGCCGAGGCGGGGUUUGACGGGGUAGAGAUCCAUGCUGCGCACGGGUAUUUGCUGUCGCAGUUUUUGAGUGGCAAGGCGAAUGUGCGGCGGGAGGAGGAGGAAGGGUAUGGAGGCGGGGAUGCGAGGAGUCGGGCGAGGGUGUUGGUGGAGGUGAUUCGGGCUGUGAGGGAGGAGGUGAAGGGAUUUGAGGGGUUUUGUGUCGGGGUGAAGUUGAAUAGUGCGGAUCAUCAGGGGGAGGAGGCGUUGGGGGAGUGGGUUGAACAGGUGAAGGCGGUGGUUGAGGCUGGGGUGGAUUUUGUGGAGGUUAGUGGUGGGACGUAUGAGAAUCCGAAGAUGAUCUGGGGCAACGACGGUCCCGAUGGUGCCGCCCAAGAAGAAAAGUCCGACCGCACCAAGGCGCGCGAGGCGUUCUUCCUCGAGUUUGCCCAGGUUAUCCGCAAGCAGUUCCCAGAGGUGCCACUCAUGGUCACCGGCGGUUUCAGCACGCGCGCCGGCAUGGAGAAGGUCGUCGUGGAUGGAGACUGCGACCUGGUCGGAUUGGGUCGGCCUGCUGUGCUGAACCCUUUGCUUCCCAACACCGUCAUCCUCAACCCCGAGGUCAAGGACGAGGAUGCGGCGCUGUACCGUAAGAAGAAUAAGACCCCAUGGUAUGUCAAGGCGAUUGGGGUUCCUGCUGUGGGCGCGGGCAUGGACAGUCAAUGGUAUAUGAAUAAACUCCAUCACCUUGCAAAGGUGUAG